AUGGAAAAUCUGGAAUUGAGGCUCAGGAAUGCCCCUUGUUUUCGUUGUGAGAAGGGAAAUGAUUCAGUCCCUGUAUGCCAGAAAUGUGAAACAUGUAUCUUGGCUUGGAAGAUCUUCUCUACUAAGGAGUGGUUUCGACGGAUCAGUGAGGUCUCACAGAGGAGGUUUUUGGUUAGCAUCCUGAUGCAGUUAGAUAGCUUUUUUUUGUUACACUAUUUUCAGGAUAUCCUUCAGCCCACACAGGGCAAGGAUUUCAUCUAUAGCCGUUCUCGGAUCAUCCUCAGCAAGAAGGAGGGGAAAGCUGUGAAGUCUUCCUUGAACCAAAUGUUGGAUAAAACAGUGGAAGAGAAGAUGAAGGAGAUUUUGUAUUGGUUUGGAAAGAGCACCCCUCACACUAAAGCUCAUUACACACUUUUGCUGCUGCAGAUGUGCAACCCCAAACUACUGCUCACUGCUGCCAACGUCAUCAGAGUCCUGUGUCUGAGAGAGCAGAACAAUAUUUCAGGGGAUGAGCAAGUCCUCAAUGAUACGCUUUUCUUCCCAGAGCGCUAUCCCAACCCCAAAUCGGAAACCUCGUGUAACUACUUAGCCAAGCAAACAUCCUUCCCUUUGGCCUCUGCUUCAGCAAAAGAAAACUUGUUUAAAAAUAUUGGGGGAGAGCAACCUGAUACUGAUGAACUAUGGAAGAAUUCACUUCAGUGCAUCUCCAAGAUGAAUAGGCCAUCUGCAUAUAAUCGUAAGGCAGGGUAUGCGCACUCAAAGCUGUUGGUUGACCUGGAUGCUGUCAGAGUCCUUUCUUCUGGGGUCAGCAAAUACCGGGACUUCAUCCGCUACCUGCCCAUCCACCUCUCCAAGUAUAUUCUAAGUAUGCUGGAUAGAAGCAGCCUCAACAGGUGUGCCUUUGUGAGCCAGCACUGGGCUGCACUGGCACAGCAGGUCAAGAUGGAUUUGCCGAUGCAUACCUUCAUUCAGAAUCAGAUUACCUUCUUGCAGGGGUCCUACACAAAGGGAAUAGAUCCUAAUUAUGCCAACAAACUUUCCAUCCCAGUUCCUAAAGUGGUAGAUGAUGGGAAGCGCACACGUGCAAAAAAUCAGAAAUGGAAACUGAGGAUGAAGACUGACUACAACCUGUGGACGGCGUAUCAGGGCCAGGAAACCCAGCAGGUCCAGAUGGAGGAGAGAAAUGUCUUCUGUGGGACUUACAACGUUCGCAUUCUCUCUGACAAGUGGGCUCAAAACAGAGUCAUCCAUUAUUGUGGGGGAGAUCUGAUAGCUGUUUCAUGCAAUCGGAGGAUCAAGCUUCUGGACAUUACUCAAAUCAAGGAGUUACCCACUGAGUUCCGUGGCCAUGCAGGGACUGUCCAUGCCCUCUUCUUGUGUGAGGAGGAAAAGUUUCUCCUGAGUGGGAGCUAUGACCUAAGUAUCAGAUACUGGGAUCUGAAAACUGGGGCAUGUGUGCGAAUCUUCACUGGCCACCAGGGGACGAUCACUUGCAUGGAUUUAUAUAAGAAGAUCUUUGUAUCAGGAGCAAAAGAUUGCCAGAUAAAAGAGUGGGAUCUAAACACAGGGAAGUGCCUGAAAACAUUUAAACACAAAGAUCCCAUCUUGGCCAUCAAGAUCAGUGACACCUACAUUGUGAGCAGCUGUGAGCGAGGGGUCAUCAAAGUAUGGCACAUUGUCAACACACAGCUGGUCAAGUCUCUCACUGGACACGAGGGAGCGGUGAAGUGUCUACACUUUGACCAGUGGCACCUCCUCUCCGGAGGCACUGAUGGCCUGGUCAUAGGCUGGAGCAUGGUGGGAAAGUACGAGCGGUGCCUCAUGGCCUUCAAGCAUCCAAAGGAGGUGCUCCACGUGGCCCUUCUCUUUCUCCGGGUCAUCAGUGCCUGUGCAGAUGGCAAGAUCCGCAUUUACAAUUUCCUAAAUGGGAACUGUCUGAAGGUGAUGAAAGUCAACGGCAGAGGUGAUCCUGUGCUGUCCUUCUUUAUUGAGGGCAACAGGAUGGUGAUCAACACGGAGAGCAAUAUCCUCAUGUUCCAGUUUGAGAAUAUAAAGUGGCAGUACUCUGCGGACCGGACCAAGCAAAAGAAGAAGGAUAAAGAGGAGGACAGGGAAGAAAACAGCGUCAUAGACAUUCCUUCCAAAGCUAGUGUUCAGGCCCACAGUCUGAAGGACUCCAUGUCUAGUAAACAAAUGGUGACAUUGGACUCCUUGCUGAGCAAAUCUCACAAGUCUCACAUUCUCCUGAGGACACUCAAGGUGCCUUCUGCAUUAAUAGAGGAACCUCAAAGUCAAGUAAAGUCAAAAUCAUCCAGAAGAGACAAGAAGAUUCCUAAACAAAAACAACUGAACAUUCCAGUCAAGAAAAAGUCCUGGCAAGUCCCUAUGUCUCCUGAUCGAUUCCUCCUCACUGUUAAUGCCUUGCAGCUAGCCCACAAUUCAGGGAAGUUUGCCUAUCCCCACAGGCCCCAAACCCAAGUCAUUGAUGCCUGGGGACCUUCAAUUUCACAUCCAAGGAAGGUCCUGAGUGUGAAGGGAAAAUCAGUCCAACAUGAAGUUGACAGGUUAAGAAUCAGCAACCCUCCCAUAGAUGUGAAACAAACCAAUACACCCCUUGAAAUCCAGAAACUGCAGCCCAACUUGAAGAACUCUUUGCAGAGUCCCCAAGUCCAGUCCACCAUACCCCAGCCGGUGAUUAUCCGUUCCAGGUUCUCUGGUAAUUUAAAGUGUGAAGAUGGGGCAACAAGUUCAGUCAACAGGACAGUGCGCAGCUUCCACCCCUUAACCAGUAUGCAGGUCAUUAAAACAAACCGAAUGCUGGCUCCACCAGUGGGCACAACAGUCCAGUCUGUCAAGAAGGAAUGGCCUCGCAACUGUGUGACCCUUAACCCCUUCCGAAUGAACACCGAGUUCAUGUUGUUGACUGUGAAGGAGGAGGCUGAACACAGGGAAGCUAAGAUGAAGAAAUAUCAGGCUGCGAAGCCCACUGAAGUGAUCAGUCCAGAAAAAGCCAGUAGAGCUGCAUGGAUCAGGAAAAUCAAAGGCCUGUCUAUAGAUAAUUUUAUGAAGCAAGGGAAAAUCGCAGCUCCUGAACUUGGACAAAACAUAUUUAUCUGAACCAUC